UGACCGCGCGCGCCCGCUUGAGCAAAUAUCAUUGUUUGCUUAUUCUUAUUUGCAAUCUACCGACUUCGAAAGGUAUAAAAGAAAAAAAUACAGCGCUUGCAGCAGUGAUGAAGUUACUUUGGUUGUUGUUAGUUGUUGCGGUGGCCGCUCAGCUCGAUGAUAACAUCGAGGAGGAGGAGCUGGAGGAACCUUAUAAUGAAGAAGAUUAUGAGCAUUCUAGAGACAAAAGAAACUAUGACGAACAUUCUAGAACCAGACGAGAUAUAGAUGAUGGCGAUCCUUAUGAAGAGAUUUUUAGAACGCGCCGGGAUAUUCAUGAACCUUUUGAAGAAUAUUCUAAAAGUGAGAUAAAUGGCGAUUAUGAAGAGAAUCAUAGGACACGGCGUAAUGUGCACGAAGGUCCGUUUGAAGAGCAUAUAAGAGUGAAGAGAUGUACAUACGAAGACGUCCCAUUAAGCCGUGUUCGUCGCUCAGUAAGAACUCCUCGCCAAGUCCAUCAAUAUGAAGUCCAUGAGUUUACGGAUGGGGAAAGUUAUCCUUCGCCUCCUUAUGAAGAAAUGUUAGCGGCUAGCGCUGAACAUUACCAUAAAGUUUACGCAGCUCCGAAUACGAGGCCAGAUAGUUCCAGUGGCUUUAAACAUGAUCACCAUGUAGACAAAGGUGCUAAGGGCUUCAAAACGGAUGAGCUCCAUCGUAAAGAAUAUGAAGAAGCAGAAGGAAAGAAGAAGAAACACCAUGAUAAAGCUGAUCAUAAGGGCAGCCAUGAGGAGGAGGCUCAUGGACAUAAGGGCUCCAAGUUCGAUGAGAAGAAGGGGCAUAAGAAGGGACAUAAAACUAAAGGCUACCACAACAAAUACCACAAAGACGAGUUUCACAAAGAGCACAAGUUCUACGACGACUUCCACAAGAGCGGCGAACACCACCGAUACGGCAAAUUCAACGCGAAACACGCCAGCAAUGAGAGCGGGAAGAAGAAGGCGCAUCAUGUUAACGCUGGACAUGACUUCGUUGAACGAGGCAAGAAGGGAUACAGCAACAAGGGCCACCUGGACGCGGACCACAAAGGCCACAACGGCAAGCACGGCCACGAGGAACACCACGAGAACCACUCCUCACACGGCAAGAAAGGGGGCAAGGAGGGAGGCUCGCACUGGAAAUAUGCGAAGAACUAAAACCUUCAAUGAUGUUGCGGAUAUUCUUUUAAAUGCUUUAAAGUUAAUCGGAAAUUUGAAGAAAUUUUCAUUUUGGAAAAUUUCGUUGCCAAUGGAAUUUAAAAAGCAUUUAGAAGAAAUAGCUAUUUUAGAAAGCUUUCGCCGGCGCAUCAGAAACCAUGCCAUGAUAUAGGGCUAUAUAGUUUUUAAGGCAAAAAGACACCUUGAUGCGUGAUGUAAUAAUAGGCUUGAAUUGAAAUUGAAAUCGUUUAUUGCAUAUCACAUAGGUAUAGGUGUUCUUAAAUAUAAGCUGUUCAUGUGACGCCUUUUUAGGGCACAGCAACAUAGUUCCACAUAGGACAACAUACGCAACAACUUCAAUUAUCCGCGUACGCUGAUUUUAAUGUGUGAAAUUUUAUGCAAUAUGUCACACCGCUUGAUGUGACAGCUGACAUAUGAUUUCUUAUAUUAAAACUAGCUUCAUGCAUUAGUAUUUAAUGUAGCCCGGCUUUAUCCUGAAUCCUGGAUCACUGCGACUGCCAUUCUCUGGAAGUUUCAUCUUCUAGCCCACGCGUCGAAACUUAACAACAAGACAAAUGCAAUUUUGAUUUGUCAAAAUAACGAUUCACAUUAGAAUGGAAUGGGAGACUUUUUAUAGGCCUCUGGGCUGCUAGAGGAUAAGUAAAAGGUUGUGACACCAAUUGCCAGUCGUUUUAAUAAUCAGUAUUAUAUGAGUUGAAUUUAGGGAUGUGAUACUUUAGAUCUAUUGUUACUUUUUCUUGAGAAAAUAUUUAUAAAGAUUCUUUCUUCCACCUUCUAAGCUCUAAUGCAUAGGUGGGUCAAAAUUAUUUUCGUUGUCUUGUUAUUGACUGACUACUACUCUGUCACACUUCUAUUUUUGUCUUUAUCAAAUAAAAGAAGAAGAGUGCUUUCUAACUAUGGAUUAUAAUUCUCAUGAGAAAAAUUAAAAACUCAACUUUACGUAACGAAAUUUCACCCCAUACAAAAAGCUCCACUCCGUCACAUUUUUGCGGUAAAAAAAUAAGACACCGAAAAGAAUAAAAGAAUAAUAAUAAGUACUAUGACUAAAUAUUGAAAUACUUGUCAAAGAAAAGUACGAACAAGUUAAAAUAACCAAUAGUCGUACAAAAUAGACCAGAAUAGAAUAGAGUAGAAUAGAUUGAUCGACGGUAAAAUAAACAGACAUCGAAACCCACUUAACACUCAAUAGAAAAAGUGUAUCAAAUAGUUUAAACGGUUAUAUCAAGUGACGCAACCGAAAGACCGAAACGAACUACCGUCGCAACCUAAUUCGAGAAGUUACUUUGUCUCACUGAACUUUAACUUGGCAAAACUUAACCUUAGUACGCACACAUUAGAGUUGUUAUUUGCGUGAACGAAAUUGCUUUAUACAGUAGAAACGCAUGAAAUCAGUCCAGCCCGUGUGAAAUUCAGUUCCGUGGGUUUAUUUAUUGUAUAGUAUAUUCUUAUUUCAUCAGGAAGUGAAUUUUAACGUAUUUAAGAUGCUGGCAAGAACUAAAUAUUUACUAUUAUAUGAUGACAAUGACAUACAUAGAUACCUACUAAUUUUAAACACAUACGUGGCGUUCUUUAUAAGGAAUCAUACUGUACUUUUUGAUGCCAUAAGGAAUCUUUGUAAAUAGGAAGCCAUUUAGGUAUUCGACUUUCUUUUAUAAAAUAGUUUUGAUCAUGAUAAGAAUUUUUUAAUCAAUUACUUAAAUCCUUUUCAUUGUCGACAUCUUUAAUUCCUAUGAUAUAUUUUCUUCCAACAGUUUUUAAUUCAAUAAUUUUCUUUAGUAUUAUCAUGUUAUUAUCAGCAUCUUAAAUACCAUCAGAUAUUGUAAAUAAUGUUUUACCAUUAAUUGUACAUACCAGUAUUAUUAUAUUAUUAUUAUUUAGAUUAUAAAAAAUAUGCUAAUAAUGAUAUAUUCUCGCAGACCUCAAUGCAGGAAACUUCGUUUUGCAUUUUUAUACAAAUACCCCCAUUUUAUCUAAGUUACAGAAGUAGUGCAUAAUUGUUUUCCAUCGUAUUUUCUCCUUUAAACGUCGUAAUCAGCAUAAAAACCUACCGUUAAUGUAAGAAUACGAAAAAUAUUACAUAUUUCAUAUUUAAUUACUUACCUCUUCAUCAAUAUAACACGUUUAUUUUUUAAUAUUCAAUAUUGAAAAUUCUGUUCUUAAUAAGUUGACUGAAUGGAACGGAAUAGCUGCCAAACGCCCAUAGAUAUAAUAUACUUAAAGACGACGUCUAACCGAGCUGUCACUGUUACCAAUUUUGUUUAGUGUACGAUUAACAAUGUUUUUCUUAUUUUUUCGCAACUGUAUUAAAAAACGUCGUUCGAUACACGUGCGGAAAUGUCAUUCUUCACUCGUCCCGAGUCUUGCCACUCGCCUGCGGCUCGUGGCAAGAUAGCUCGGUACUCGUGAAGUAAUGACAUACCUUCCGCACUAGCAUCGAAAUGUACUAUUAUUUGGAAUAUUUGCAAGUUACUGAAAACUUGAUGUACCUAGUUAUCUACCUAAAAUUAGCCACAAAAUGCAGUAGCAAUAUUGUAGCUGUAUUUUGGGAUAGAUUAAGUGGGAAGCCUGGGAAAAACUCAUAUUUCAAUGUGUAUGUAUAAAUUUAAUUUUUGAACAACCGUUUUAUACUAACAAACAACAGUGAAAUAACAUAUUACGAAUAUAUUAUAAAAGUAUGUUGACUUGUUUGAAUAAACCUGAGAAUAUGAAAGACUGUGGAUAUAAAAUUUCUUUAAUUGUAAUAAGAGUUUAUGAAUUAUGUGUAGGUGUUUAACGUUUUUAUACAUUUUGUCAUUACUAUUUUACUUGGUGAAAAUAAAUGAAUAAGUUUUU